AUGUACAACAAUACCGCAGCCUCAUCUGAUCCAAAUGGCAAGCCCUCCCAAUUUGGACCAUCGCGCCGCACUAUUGGCCGUCCAGGUCCCAUGCAGGCAUCCUCUUCCAACAAACAAAGGAGACUUUCAAAUAGCUACAUGGGAAAUCCACCAUUCCAACCUGAAGAGUAUGCGACCGCCCAGAUUCGCCUUGAGUCAAAUGAAGCUUGGCCCUACCUUCCUGCACCUGAAAACUCAAUCAACAAUUAUCCAAACUAUGACCCUGGCCAAGUGAGUGUUUGCAGAACGAAUAACCCGGUCAUUGCAUAUCAGUCAUCAGAAACCCCGGGCAGUUCUCAACUCAUUCAAUCAUCUCUUCCCUACACUCAAACCUUCCCUUGUCUUGCUGGCACUCCUGACACUGUAUGUGUUUGCCAGACCUGCAGGAUCAAUACAUCAAGUCAAGAACUUCUUGGUCCCAUUGGUGUCGGGAACCAAAUGGCUGCUGUAUCCAGUCAACAACUCGGAAUCGGCCCAGGCGCUGGAUCCACCGGUCUACUCUUCCAGGGUUCAAUACCUUCCCUUGAGACAUCGCGGCCUUCCUCGUUUACUACAUACAACCAAACCGAUUCGGGCAUCUCACAGUAUGUCCCGUUGUCCAAUUCACAUUUACAAAUUCCCUACGAUAACUCUUCAACAACAAAUUUCAACUCCUCAUUAGCCAGCUUACCGAACGGGUACGGGUUCUGGGGCCCUUCAAAUAUCGAUCAAAGCUUCUCAUCGCUAUUGACUGACAGGGGAGCUUACCAGCCCAUGUCUAUCAUGCCACAAGCCCGAGAUCUUAUUAUCCCACCAGAGCAGCAGAACACCCAGCAAGGAUUCGGCUUUGGAAGCAUCGUCUCACAAAAAGCAGAGAGACCCAGCUGUACGGACUUUCUUGAGGCUCAGCGUCGUCUAAAUGCAGAAUUCAAGAAUGACUUGACGGCAACGCCAAAGGACGAGGAGAAUUUCGCUGCUUCGAUUGGUAUAUCAGCAGCACAAUUGCAAUUUUGUAUCUCUGCCAGGCUUCAAUUACUGCCUCGUAUCGAGGACAUGGUAGUCUCAUCAUACAAGCAUGGUAUCCCACCUGAAUAUACAGCAGAGUGGUACCGGGAAGUGCACUCAGCAAACCAACCCUCAAACAGAGGAGUUCACGAUUCAGCUUAUCAAUCACGCCCAAGCACUUCCAAAAAUCAUUUCCAAUCAAGGAAGAGGCAGAAAAGGCCGAUCAAGAACGCCAAUAGAGAGAAGCCUUAUCAAUGUACUCGUAUCAAGUCAGAUGGAACAUAUUGUUUGAAAGAAAACAUACAUCUCGCCGACUGGAAGCGACACGAAGAAACACACUGGCCCCAAAGACGAUGGGAAUGCAUAAUCAAUGACUCAAAUGGAAAUGUGGCUUGUCAUAUUUGUGGCACACACAUCGACUUGGCUGGACAGCAUUCAAAUUCCCACAACCUAUGCUUAGGCAACGUUCUAAGAAUUGGACAUGAUUUCCACCGCAAGGAUAAGCUGAUAGAUCAUGUUAGGCAAGCGCAUGGAUGCAAUGCAAAUGUCGAAGCAUGGUACGUUGACGUCAACUCGGAUUGGAAAAGACAGUGUGGCUUUUGUGGUGAAACCUUUAUAAAUUGGGACACCAGAUGUGCACAUGUCAGUCGACACUUCACCGCUGGAAUGCGGAUGAUUCAAGACUGGAAAGACCCGUGGACAAAAGAUCAUGAGAACCAAGGUCAACCACCAGACGAGGGGAACGAUGAUGAUGAUGAUGAUAGUGGAAGUGAUGGAAACGGCAAUGGACCCAAACACGACUUGAACAGCAACAACAAUAACAACAUGAACAAUUCUAGAACAGGCUACAAUCCCCGGAAUGGGCCAGGAAGUGGAAAUGGGAAGAGAUCAACACGCUCCCAUGAAAGCACUAGUGGCCACGAGAAAGACACACAGAAUGAUGGUCAGGAGAUGCACUAUUCGAGUGAUCUGGCUGAUGGCGUAAAAAGUGAAGAAAUAGAAUCCACAGAGCAAAGCGAAGACAGAAAUCCUUGCCCAGCAACCACAAAAUCACUCACUGAUCAAAAGACUACCUCUGGCUUUGAAUUUGUCAGGAGGCUUGGAUAUGGCUCAUUCGGUACAGUGGAUGAGGUUCUUCACACAAGUACCAAAACCUACUUUGCCAGGAAGUCGAUUCGGCCAUCGCUUAAUCAGUCCCCUGCCGCUUUAUUCCAGGCCCAACGGGAGGUUGUAGCUCUUUGCAGCCUAAGACAUGUUCACAUCAUUGGUGUUGUGGCAUACUAUACCUUUGGGGAUCAGUUUUCUAUUAUCAUGUCUCCAGUAGCCGAGGGAAACUUGUCGGAAUAUAUGUUCAACGAUUGUUCAGCACCUUUAAUCAAAAGUUCGAACCUCUCGAAAUGGAUUGGAUGUUUGAUAUCCGCUGUUUCCUAUAUGCAUGAGAAGUCAUGGCAGCAUCUCGAUAUCAAGCCAAGCAAUGUUCUUGUUACCGGAGGUCAUGUAAUGCUCUCAGACUUCGGUGGCGCUCUGCCCAUGGAGGAUCCGCGAUCGGCUAUCUUUGCGGAAAGCCGCUGUGCUGUCACUCUUAUGUAUUGUGCUCCCGAGCUGGCAUUCAAGAGCCGAAAGCCCGUCAGAACUGGUGCCAGCGACAUCUACUCCUUGGGUUGUGUCUUUCUUGAGAUGGCAACCAUUAUACAUCGCCAGAGUCUGAAGUCAUUCGAGCAACUGAGAGCGUUCGAUACGGGGAACGGUAGCUAUCAUAUCAAUCCCAGGAAGUCUUGGACUUGGAUACACCAUCUGUGGGAUAUUGACGAGGAUCUAGGCUUAAAUCGCCAACAUGGUCUCCAUGUCAUCUCCAGCAUGUUAUCAGACGAUCCAAGAAAGCGGCCAACAGCCCGAUAUAUCGAGGACUCUUAUCAUUACUACAAAUUCUUCACAUCGCAACAUGAAGACAAAGGCGUUGAGGAGGAAAAUUACCUCAUAAUCACGACACCGGAGAGCAGUCGUCAAGGAUUUGAUCCCAUGAACAUCGCUCGUCGAUGGCUUACAAAUUGCUCUACGAACCACAAGAGUUGCUCCAGAUCAUCGAGAGACUUCUUCCCUUCCCGAAUCUUGAACGUCGGCACUGAUAGCAAUUUCAUACAUCUGCAGUCGUCGAAUGACUUCCCAAGCCCGUACGUGGCACUUAGCCACUGCUGGGGUGCUGGAAAUAUCCUUAAGACAACCUCAAAGACACUGAGGGCGAUGACUCAAGGCAUCGAAAUAUCGUCUUUAUCGAAUGCGUUUUCAGAUGCUGUGCGUAUCACUCGUGCUCUUGGGCUAAAGUACCUAUGGAUCGACGCACUUUGCAUCCUACAAGAUCGUAUCGAUGAUUGGGUCUCUGAGUCAUCUCAGAUGCACAUGAUUUAUUCCCAUAGUAGCCUUACCAUAUGUCUUGCCAGUGAUGGGAAUUCUGGGUAUGGCGGAAAACAACCACUUGCUGAAAAGCAGAAAGUGGACGAGUCGAGUCCCAUGUGCUUGACUUGUUCUAAAGGCUACAAUGAGUUUGAACAUUUGUGCGAGGAUACGCCUACCACGAUGCUACUCGACUCACCUUGGUCCAAGCGCGCUUGGACGCUACAGGAACGAAUUCUCUCUCCUCGGGUCUUGUAUUAUUCUUCGACAAGAAUGGCGUGGGAAUGUGGAGGCAACCGGACCACGCUCGACAUCGUAAGCCGGAUGCGGGAGAAUUUGAAAACAUUGUCUGUCAGCACAACAGUGACAACCAGCCGGAAAAGGUGCUGGGAUACGCCUCUUACGAAGCCGUCUCAGGAGUUCAACAAACUGUGGCGAGAUAUUGUUAAAGAGUACACAAAUCGACAAUUAACUUUUCCCAAGGACAAGCUUCCAGCUCUCGCAGGAGUUGCUGCCGAAAUUGCUUCACUGAGCGGUCAAAAAUACCUCGCCGGUCUCUGGAGCGACGACCUCAUCCAUUCCAUUCUUUGGUGUCGUGACUUCGCAACAACUCCCCUCCCACCACCCUCCCAAUACCGUGCCCCAAGCUGGUCUUGGGCUGCCAUCGACAGUCCGGUUACCUGGCCCAAAGCAAUGCUUGAAUUUCCAGAUGACGAAGAAGCUAAAAUAAUUAGCUGGAAAGUCAUACCACAGUGGGCAAGAUCUCCUUUCGGGCAGGUAUCGAGUGGAGGAAGUUUGGCGAUUCAAGGAUCGAUGCAAAAAGUGCUGAUUGAGAGGAGUCAGCCCCAAACUAUAUUGGACCUAGAAGCACGGAUGCCGUUUGCAUUUGCUCAGUGGGACUGCCUGGAACCUCAACACUACGAAAGAUCUUGUCAGAAUCGCCGCAAAGUUCUUGACGAACUUUGGUGCUUACGCAUUUUGAGUGGGGCGGGGUUGUUGCUGAGGGAAAUGAAUAAGGGCGAGCCUGAUACGUUUCAGAGGGUAGGCCUUUAUCGUAUUCAUGACAACCUGGUUAAAGACGCCAGUUUGGGUAAUAUUCGACAUGGAAUUGUUCGCAUUGCUUUGAUUAUAUAA